UGCUUGUGUAUAUGUUAGAAGGAAGACCUGAAGCGAGACAGUAACGGAUUUAACGGAUUUCACGUCUCCUAAUCCGGACGGACGCCUAAUGAAAUGAUGUGCUGUUCCCGCUCACGCAGCUCGGAUUUCUCCGCUGGAUUUUAGAGCUUCGGUCGCUGCUGUGGAUGAACCGGAGCCGGUGGCGGUCAGCUGGACAUGGCCAGCUCACACCUGGCUGAUCUGUCCCAGGCCUGGGAGAACUACAUGGACUGCCGCGCUCAGGGCGCAGAUCUGCAGAUCAGUCUUCAGUGCUUGGAGAGUUUUCUGUGCACGUUUCACUGUGUGCGACAACUCAGUGACCCGAGAGCAAAGGAUGCACUCAAAUUCUGCUCGGACAUGAGUGGGGCAAGUAACACCCUGGCACGGGAGUUCCUGACGGAUGUGCACCAGUUGUGUAGUGCGGUGGCCCAGCGGGCCGAGGACGAGGAGGAGAGUCACAUGGUGGCGCUGGGAGAGUAUCUGGUGCGCGGACGUGGGUUCCUGCUUCUCAGCACCCUGGACUUUGUCAUUGACCAGGAGUUGACGUGUCGGGAAGAGCUGCUUACACUCUUGUUGUCUCUGCUACCUCUGGUCUGGAAGAUUCCUGUUCAGGAGGAGAAAGCCCCAGAUUUCACCCUGCCUUCACUACUAGAGGUGUUUCUAUGCCAAGAGGGAAGGACCAUCCCUCAAAAGGCGGGGCAAGAUAGAUGUGAUGUGGAGAACUCUGGAAAGCAUUUAUCUGGCUCCUGGAAGUCACGUCGUUCACGUAGAACAGCUCAGCGAUACUCUGUGAGGGAUGCACGCAAAUCUCAGCUUUCCACAUCAGAUUCUGAAGCCAACUCGGAUGAUAAGACCACAAAUACUGUGAGCAAACAUCGCCGAUUCCACAGUUCGGCCGUUCGUGUUAGUUGCCAGCUUCACCAGUCCAACAAUCCAUCACAGCCAGCAUCGCAACAUCCCACUCUUGAUGCCAUGAGCACCAUUGAGCCAUCCCAACCUCACAGACUGUUUGGAUCUCACACGUUAGAUCCUAACAUGCUAACAGACCCCACCACUCUCUCCAUCUUCAACCGCAUGGAGAACUCGCCUUUUGACCUUUGCCAUGUUCUACUCUCUCUUCUUGAAAAAGUCUGCAAAUUUGACAUGACCAUCAAUCAUAACCCAGGCUUGGCGGUCAGCGUUGUUCCCACGCUCACAGAGAUAUUCACAGAGUUUGGUGACUGCUGUGGUCCCGGUGGAGGUGGUGGAGGUGGGAUCGAUGAACUAGCUGGAGGCUGGACUGAGGAGCCAAUUGCACUUGUUCAAAGGAUGCUUUUACGCACCAUUCUGCACUUGAUGUUUGUAGAUGUGGGUCAAAAUGAGACACUGCCUGAUAAUCUGCGUCGAAGCUUGAUGGACCUCUUCAGAGCAACUUUAAAGAUUCGUACCUGUUUAGAAAGGCAAGCCGACCCUUUUGCGCCAAGGCCAAAGAAGACUCUGCAGGAGAUACAAGAGGAUUUUUCCUUUUCAAGGUACCGUCACCGGGCCUUGCUACUGCCAGAGCUCUUGGAGGGUGUCCUGCAGUUACUACUAGGUUGUUUACAGGCCUCUGCUCCCAACCCUUUCUUUUUCAGUCAGUCUCUUGAGUUAGUUCAUGAAUUUGUCCAACACCGUGGCUUGGAGCUCUUCGAGGCAACAGCUCUGCGCCUUGAGGCCUUAGCAGAAGCUCGAGAUUCAGAAGUCGGCAGUGAGGCAUCAGAGCGUCUGCGUUGUCUGAUAGCAGAUGUAUUUAAGAUAAUCAGUGCGGUCAAGAGGGCCAAGUCAGAGCAGCUACACCAGUCUGUUUGUGCACGUCGUCGACAUCGUCACUGCGAAUACUCCCACUUUUUGCACCAUCACCGUGACCUCUCAGGACUGCCGGUAUCCACUUUCAAGCAGGCAGCCCGACGUAAUCCCUUUGAGGAGGACUCCGAGGGUCAUGACGGGGAAGUGCGGUACCCCGAACGCUGUUGUUGCCUUGCAGCAUGUGCCCACCAAUGCUUGCGUCUUUUCCAGCGCCUCUCACCCUCAGGUCCUGCUGUGCUGCAGGUACUGGCAGGAGUGCAAGCUGUUGGCAUCUGUUGCUGCAUGGAUCCAAGGUCCGUAAUUGGACCAAUGCUCCAGGCAUUUCAGGCUCCAGGACUUCGGAGCUACCAGUCCCACGUGUUGAGCGUCCUUAGUAGACUAGUCUUAGAACAGCUUGGAGGUGGUCAACCUUCCGAAAAGGCCAAGCUUGCCUCCUGCAACAUUUGCACCUUGGAUAAUAGCCAGUUACCUGGCCUUGAAGAGACUCUGCAGGGCUAUGGACCUAAGAAAGAAUCGAACUUAUCCACGUCCCAAUCUCCCUCUUAUCGUUCCCAAGGUAUUCUGCCCAGUGGAGGAGCUGAAGACAUGCUAUGGAAGUGGGAUGCUUUAGAGGCCUAUCAAGAAAUUGUGUUUGGGGAAGACUGGCAUUUGAGUCAACAAAUUGCCGGUCAUGUAUGCCAGUUGACUUUACGAGGCAAUGCAGUAGUGCAAUGGCAACUCUACACUCAUAUUUUUAACCCAGUACUUCAGCGGGGUGUGGAACUGACCCAUCAUGCCCAGCAACUUGGUGUGUCAACUACUUGUAGCCAAGUCUGCAGCUACCAUACCCAUUGCCCCCCGGUUGAGGUACUACUGGUUUAUCUUCAAACUCUGCCUGCUCUGCUAAAGUCAAGCCAGGUGGUACGUGACCUGUUCCUGAGUUGUAACGGACUGAAACAAAUCACAGAGUUGAUCUACUUGGAUUGCACUCGUCCAUGGGCACUGAAAGUGUUCGAGACACUUAUUUUGAAUGCGUGGCACCAUCACAUGGAUUCUGCUGUGCAUGAGCUAGAAAGAGCAGAAGCUCAGGAGAGGGAAGCUGUUCUUGGGCUUGUAGAGGAACUGAGUUCACGUGGGGCUUGUGAUGGACCUCAAAGCCUCACUAAGUUUUAUGAAGGCCUGAAAGAGGCAUGCCCUCACCCAAAGGGCAAAAGUGCAUUUUCUGCAGUAGGGCGUAACCGAGGUGAGGCGCAUUUAAACACAAUCAACCUUUUUCUGUGUGUUGCCUUCCUAUGUGUAAGCAAGGAGGCGGACUCUGACAGAGACUCUGCUAAUGACUCUGAAGACACCUCUGGCUAUGAUAGUACAGCUAGUGAGCCAUUGGGUGGGCGACUGCCCUGCCUUUCCCCAGACAGUGUGGCUCUUCCCUCUAAAGAACAGAUAAGGAGGGCUGCCGAUGUUUGGUCAGUAUGCCGUUGGGUAUACAUGGCCAGUCCAGUAUUCCAGAGGCAGUUCUUUAGACUGGGAGGUCUAGAUGUCUGUUUGCGUCUAAUGACAAUGGUUAUCCAGAAACUCACGUCUAAAAUCAAAGACAGUAAAUUUAAGAAAAAGAGAGAGAGUAAGGGCAAAAGCAGUCCAUCUCAUGUAGACUCUCCCACUCAAGGUCUUACAGGACAUUUUGACAAUAAAGCGACAGCUGCAGGUACAGAGGAAACCCACCAGCAUGACACUGUCAGCCCCUCUCAGGUCGAGAGCAAAUCAAGUGACCCAACGCACAGGCUUGAAGAGGAAUGGCCUCUCCAGAGCAUCCGACUGCUGGAGGCGCUUUUGGCAAUCUGCCUCCACAGUGCCAAUUCAGCCCUACAGAGAUUUGAACCAGACCUUUCCUUUCAGCUUCAGUCCGUAGAGGAGACGCUGUGUGAGGUCAGGGAUCAGCUCUCUCGAUCUGGAGUUGUGAAUUCCGAACUUGCAGUUCCUCUGUUUGAUUCCUUACUACAUGUGGCAUUAGCUGAGAUGUUCUGCAGUCCAGAUGUCAUCAAGGAGAAACCUGACAAGAAGUCUCAGGUUAGCGGUGAGGUGGCACCUCCAGCAGGUGAUCUGUCAGAGGAGGUGGAUGAAGCUCAGGUGAGUGGCACUCCACCCUUGGGAGAAGAGGAAGGCUAUGACGCAGACAGUGAAAGUAACCCUGAGGACUCCAUCCGUCAGGAGGAAGGGAUAAAGGUGGAGGCUGUAGUCUCAUUGGGGGAAUGUACGUUAGGAAUGGCAGGAGUGCCUCAGGGCUCCGGCCGCGGCCGUCUGCUGUUCCCGGAGAUCUGCUUGAUGGAGCUGCAGCUGUUAGCCAGCAGCUCUCCGGACCUGGAGGUUUUGGGCCACGUGUUGCAGAGUCUGUUAGGAGCCGUGAAAGGCCACCACAACAACGCAAAGCUGCUCUACCAGCAGGGUGGUGUGAAAGCCAUUCUCACCGGAUUUCAGAAUAUUCUCAGCCAAUCAGAUGCUUCCUAUAAAGAGUGCCAGACAAUACUGACGGAGCUGCUCGUUGCCAUGGUGAGUGACAGGAUCACAGCGGAGGAACUUGCCCUGUUGACACGCCUCUUCCUGGAGAAGACUCCGCCCACUGAGAUCUUGCUGAGAGGCUUGCUUCAGAUUGUGGAGGCUAAUGCAGACACAGAGCCGCUCUACUUCAUGUCCUUUCCCAUGAUCCCUGGCGCAGGGGUCCCCGGCUUGAGCUCCUCUCCUGGGAUGAGGCCUCAUGGGACGGCUGGUGGUAAGGGUGGAGUAAACACUCUUUUGAGGGGUAAAUUACCGCUGGGCUGUGGUGAAGCAGACAUGAGCAGGCCCGGUCAUCUGCGCAGCUCUCCCUGGCAUACGGCACCCUUCCACCUGCCCUUAGUGGGACAGAACUGCUGGCCUCACAUGGCCAGUGGCUUCAGCGCCUCGCUGUGGGUACGAGCGGGGAAGGAUGAGGAUGGGCGUUAUAAGAAGGAAGAGGAGGCGUCUCUGUCAGAGGAGGUCCUGCAUGGUCCCGCACAUGUCACGGAGCAGCAGACAGACAGAUGUCUCCUCCAUGUCCUCUCCAUGGGCUCUAAGGCGCUGAUGCUUCAGGUGUGGGUGAACAUCUCCACCGGAGCCUUUACCUUCAGGAUCUGCAUCGAUCCAAACGAUGAGAUGAAGGCGGGUCUGCUAGCCCAGGCGGAGUCUGGAGACGGUGUGCUGACGACAGGCAUGUGGCAGCACUUGGCUCUCACGUACACACAGCAGCCUGAGGGCAGGAAGAACGUCCACGGUCAGCUGACCCUCUGGGUGAGCGGCAUUCGGAAGUGUGACGUCUCGCUAGACUUCACUCUGCCCAGGAAGUCCAGUUUGUCAUCAGACAGUAAUAAGACCUACUGUAUGCUUGGACACUAUCAGCACUCCUCAGAGGAGCAGGCCAGCCCAAGUGCACGCUGGGAUAUGGGCACACUGCUGCUCUUUAAUGGCUCCAGAAUUGACACUGCGGAGGCUUUUUACCUGUUUGCCAGCGGUCCUGACCUCACCUCCAUCAUGCCCUGCAAGUACGGCAAGCCUCAUGGGACAGUAUCCAAGUACGUGACACAGGAGGGUCUUCAGUGUGAGCAGAUACGAGAGCUCCUCAUGAGGAAUACAGACAUUGACAUCGCACCUCUUAUUGAGAGUUUAGCAGUAGUUUAUGCCCCCAGCAUGCCGUCUCUCUACACCAUAUAUGAGCCGGUGAUCCGUCUGAAGGGCCAGGCCAAGUCAACGGUGGCUUCCCAGCGGCCCUUCAGUGCCAAAGAGGUUCAGAGCUCCAUCCUGGAGCCUCCUUUCCUCAGGACCAUGAUGCCCUGCCAGGCUCUCGGCCUACACAGCGUCCUGCACAAGAUCGGAGGCACCGGCGCUUUUGUCUUCCUGUUUGCUCGGGCGGUAGAGUUGAGCGACUGUGAGAAAACUCAAUCUCUGGCGCUGCAGCUGCUGCUGUCUCUGGUUAAAACCAACCAGCAUCGCACUCAUGAGAUGCAGUGUUACCACGGCUAUUCCAUGAUUCACCAGGUUCUCAUCAAGCCCAAGUGCAUUGUGGGAUACCACGUUCUGAAGACACUGUUGGACGGCUGCUGCAGCGGGUCAAUCCUUACGAUCGGAGAAGACGGUCAGUUCCAUCUGGAUGCCGAAUCCACUGUGGUGCUGCAAGAUCUCAGACUGCUUUCUGAAAUACUGCUGGACUGGAAGAUAUGGGCCAAAGCACAGUGUGGCGUGUGGGAGACGCUGCUGACCGCUUUAGAGAUCCUCAUCCGGGUGCAUCAUCCUCAGCAGAUGUUCAACAUACGACAGCUUCUCAAGGCGCAGGUGGUUCAUCGCUUCCUGCUCGCCUGCCAGGUGCUUCAGGAGCAUCGGGAUGAGUACCUGACCUCCAUCCCACAGGAGGUCUGCCUCUCGUUUGUCAAAAUCAUCCAGGAGGUUUUGGGGUCUCCUCCAGACCUGGACCUGCUGCGGCUGGUCUAUAAUUUCCUGCUGGCUGUUCACCCCCCCACCAACACUUACGUCUGCCACACGCCCACCAGCUUCUACUUCUCUCUGCACAUCGAUGGUAAGCUGUACCAGGAGAAGGUUCAGUCCAUGAUGUACCUGCGGCACUCCAGCAGUGGAGGGAAAUCAGCCUGCAGCUCUGUGCUUUCACUGUCUCCCACCGUCUUCACAGAGACGCCCGCUGAAGUACGCCACGCUUCGUCCCCCGAGCAUGGAGAUGAAGAUCUGUCACUGCGUCCCCCAAGCAUGGGCCCGUCUCCACACUCUUCUCCAGCCCUGAUGCCCCGUCUGGCCCAUGGGAGCGUGACGGGGACCGCCGAGCCUGAAGAAGGGACGUCCCUGAGUACCCAGCAGGACCUGGGCAGCACGGAGACCUUGAAGCGAGGAGGAGACGAGCUCCUUAGCAGCUGUGAGUCUGCAAAGACCAUUUGUGAUUCCCAGAACGUGGGCGGUGAUGAGGAGGGCAGCGUCGCGGGAAACCAAACGCCAUUCAUCAACGUAGAGGAGGAGCACGACAGCAGCCCGCCGGACUCUGAGGACCAUUUCGAUUGGACCAGCGAGGAAGUGCCACGCCGGCCAGACAGCCUGAAGGGAAUCCAGUCCUUCCAGAGGAGCCACAGUAACCUGGCCAGUCUGGGUUUGGCUUUUCCCGCACAGAACGGCUCUCUGACUAUUGCUCGCUGGCCCACCGUGGCUGACCGUGCCGCUCCACCGGACGACUGGGAAAGUUACACCUACUCACCCGGGUAUGACAGACACAGCAAGGCGGACUCCAGUAAUGACAGGUCCAGUGCUGAAGACUGUCUGGUUCUGAUCUGCUGCGGUCUGUACGAUCUGCUGAGAGGAGUUCUGCUCCUGCUGCCGGACCUCCUGCUGGAGGAGGUGAUGGACAAACUCAUCCAGCCGGAGGCUCUUCUCGUCCUGGUCAACCACUCUUCUCCUCUCAUUCAGCAGGGCGUCAUGAAGCUUCUGGAUGCCUACUUCAGCCGCGCUCAGAAAGAGCAGAAGGAGAAGUUCCUGAAGAAUCAUGGGUUUUCGCUGCUGGCCAAUCAGCUGUACCUGCACCAGGGCUCACAGGGUCUGCUGGAGUGUUUCCUGGAAAUGCUGUUCGGACGACCGGUCGGAUUUGAGGAAGAUCUGGAUCUGGAGGAUAUGGAGAACAUCUCCCCGUUCAGGAAGCGCUGUAUCAUCCCUGUGCUGGGUCUGCUGGAGAACUCUCUGUAUGAGAACUCGCUCGUGCACAACGGCCUGUGUCUGCUUCUGCAGCUGCUCAAUGCCUGCCCGAAGCUAGCCGACAUCCUGCUGGACCACGGCUUGCUCUACGUGCUCUUCAACACACUGUCCACCCUCAACGGCCUGGAGAACGGGAUUCCUCCGAAUGACUACAAGCUGGUGGUGUGUGACAUUCAGCAGCUGUUGGUGGCCAUCACCAUCCACUCCUGCAGCUCCUCGGGAUCUCAGUACUUCCGUAUCAUUGAAGACCUGAUCACCCUAUUGGGCUACAUGCAAACCAGCAAAGUUCGGCGCACACAGGAAAUGGCCACAGCACUGCAGUUCCGCGUGAUCCAGGCAGCCAUCGAUUUCAUUAAGACCACGGCCAAUCAGGACCCUCAGAAAUCCAGCAGCUACGUUCACGUGCCCACUUCACCGCAUCACGCGCUACAGCAGAAACGCAAAAGCAUCGCAGGUCGGAGGCGGUUCACGGUGGCCCAGUCAGACUCACUGCUGACGCGAAUGCGCUCGGUGGCCAGCGAUGAACUUAACCAGAUGAUGCAGCGCAGGAUGAGUCAAGAAAACCCCAUCAGAGCCAGCGAGACGGAGCUGGUCCAGAGACUGCAGAGACUCUUGGUUCUGGCCGUUAAUAGACUCAUCUAUCAAGACAUCAAACAUGAUUUCUUUGACUUCCUAAACUUUCCCGAGUCUCCUGAUCAUUCGAUGUCUGUGCCGUUACUUGGCGAGCAGACGACCGAAGAGAACGGCUCCAGACCGUCCACCCCGAUCCCACCAAGAAACAUGAAGAGCUUCCGGAAAGAUAUUCUCAAAAUAAUGAUGGAGGGCAUAAAGAUCGGCUUGGGCAGCACCGGUCGUGGAGGUGCUCCUCGCCAGCAGUGGAAGCGAAUCCUCUGGUCCUGCCGUGACACGUUCAGGGUCCAGAUCGGCCGCAUGCUGGUGCACACGCUCAGCCCCGCCGUUCCUCUGGAGGACAGGAAGGAGGCGCUAGAGUUCGUCCACGAGCAGAGCUACUCAGAGAUCCUCAGAGAAAGCCUGAGUCCCGGCCUCGAGCACGGGCCCAAGCUGGCUCUGUAUCUGUACGAGCUGUUACACGAUCACAAAGACGCCCUGAGCAAAGAAGAGCAGGCGUCUGCCAACACCUUCAUGACGGCGCUGAAACUCUGCGGCCACCGCUGCAUCCCACCUAGCGCUCCCGCCAAACCAGACCUACUCAAAGCCAUCAAAGAGGAGCAACUGAAAUACGAGUCAGAAGCAAGAACCAGCAAAGGAGCCUGGGAAAAGAAGCUGGCUAACACUCAGAGGAGCCUGUUGCAGAGGCUGGAUGGGAAGUCGAAAGACAUCUCGAAGAUCGCCGCUGACGUCACUCAGAACGUGUCUCUCAGGCAGGGCAUGGAGCGGAAGAAGGUCAUGCAGCACAUCAGAGGCCUUUAUAAAACCGACCUGAGCGCCAGCCGCCACUGGCAGGAGCUCGUGCAGCAGCUCACUCACGACCGGGCGGUGUGGUAUGAUCAGUCAUCUUACCCCACGUCCUGGCAGCUGGAUCCCACCGAGGGGCCCAACCGAGAGCGGAGACGCCUGCAGCGCUGCUACCUGACCAUCCCUAACAAAUAUCUGCUCAAAGACCGACACAAACUAGAUGAUGCCAUCAAGGCUCCUCUGGCCUUCCUGUUUGAGGACAAGACUCAUUCCUCUUCAACCAUAGUGAAGGACAAAGCCACCAGUGAGCCCAUCAGGUUUACGAGAAAGUGUGUAAGUGUGGCGCCCUCUAGAGAGACGGCAGGAGAGCUGUUGCUGGGAAAAUCUGGGAUGUACUUUGUGGAGGAUAAUGUUGCAGAGACACUUGAUAACCAAAGUCCACACGGAGAGACGGAACCGGCCUCCUUCUCCUGGACGUAUGAGGAGAUAAAGGAGGUUCACAAGCGCUGGUGGCAGCUCAGAGACAAUGCUAUGGAGAUCUUCCUCACCAACGGCAGGACGCUGCUGCUCGCGUUUGAUACCUCCAAGUUCCGCGACAACGUCUACCACAACAUCCUGAGCUCAGAGCUGCCCAACCUGCUGGAGUACGGUAACAUCUCCGCCCUCACUCACCUGUGGAGCUCAGGACAGAUAACCAACUUCGAGUACCUCACCCACCUCAACAAGCACGCGGUACCUAUUACCAAUUCACCUGCUUACUAUCCCGUCUUCCCCUUCAUCCUGCGAGACUACACCAGUGAGACGCUGGACCUGCAGGACACCUCCAUUUACAGAAACCCUUAUCUGGAGGAGGAGUAUAAGAAAGGCAAGAGAGAGGACGACCCCAUGCCCCCCGUCCAGCCCUAUCACUACGGCUCUCACUACUCCAACAGCGGCACCGUCCUGCACUUCCUUGUCCGGCUGCCUCCCUUCACCAAGAUGUUUCUGGCCUAUCAAGACCAGAGCUUUGAUAUUCCUGACCGAACGUUCCACUCCAUGAACACCACGUGGCGUCUGUCAUCCUACGAGUCCAUGACGGAUGUCAAAGAGCUCAUCCCAGAGUUCUUCUACCUGCCCGAGUUUCUGGUCAACAGAGAAGGUUUUGACUUUGGCGUGCGGCAGAACAGCGAGCGGGUGAACCACGUGAAUCUGCCGCCGUGGGCCAGGAAUGACCCGCGACUCUUCAUCCUCAUCCACAGACAGGCUCUGGAAUCGGAUCAAGUCUCCCAGAUGCUCUGCCAGUGGAUUGACCUGGUGUUUGGACUCAAACAAAAGGGCAAAGCUGCGGUCCAGGCCAUCAAUGUCUUUCAUCCUGCAACUUACUUUGGCAUGGACGUAUCUGCCGUUGAAGACCCUGUGCAGCGUCGGGCUCUAGAAACUAUGAUCAAGACGUACGGCCAAACACCCAGACAGCUGUUCAACGCCUCGCACAUAAGCCGAGCCGGAACCAAACUCCUGUCAGAGGCAGAACUGCCCGCAGCCAUGGGCCUCCUGGUGCAGCUGGCCUUCAGAGAGAGCCGCGAGCAGCCCAAAGACACCGUCUACCCGAGUCCUCUGCCAUGGAUAAAGGGCUUGAAAUGGGGCGAGUAUGUGGGAUCCCCCAGUGCUCCGGACCCCGUGGUCUGUUUCAGUCAACCUCACGGCGAACACUUCGGCUCCCUGCUGGCGCUGCCCACGCGUGCCAUCUGCGGACUCUCGCGCAAGUUCUGCCUCAUGAUGAUCUACAGCAAAGAGCAAGGUGUAAGGAGCAUGCACAGCACCGACAUACAGUGGUCGGCUAUUCUGAGCUGGGGUUACACCGACAACAUGCUGCGCCUGAAGAGCAAACAGAGCGAGCCGCCCAUCAACUUCAUCCAGUGCUCACCACUGCACCAGGUGACUAGUUGUGCCUGGGUGCCGGACAGUUGUCAGCUGUUUACAGGCAGUAAGUGUGGAGUCAUAACCGCCUACAGCAACCGCUUCACCACCACAAUGCCGACAGAGAUGGAGGUGGAGACGCAGGUUCACCUGUACGGUCACACGGCGGAGGUCACGGGCCUGUUCGUCUGUAAACCCUACAGCAUCCUCAUCAGUGUCAGUCGAGAUGGGACCUGCAUCCUGUGGGACCUCAACAGGUCUGUGCUUCUUAGAUCACUUAGCAGAUAUGUCACCUUCCCAAAAUCCAACAGGCCUAUCAGGAGUCUCACGUUCUCGUGUGACGGUCAUCACCUCUACACGGCGAACAGCGAGGGCACAGUGAUCGCGUGGUGCCGUCGAGACCAGCAGCGCAUGAAGCUGCCCAUGUUUUACUCGUUCCUCAGCAGCUAUGCUGCAGGCUGAUCCUGCAUCACGCCGCUCGUUACCCACACAGGACGGACGCUGAGAGCGACUCCGCCGACCCAGGAAGAGGAGGAGCCAGCAUGCACAAAGCCCCGCCCACGAUCAUCACAGAACCCGCCCCCUGAAACGCCAUAGGAAUGGACGGCACUUGAAGCUACUGUACCAUAAAGAGCAGGGGGUCGUGAGGCAGAGCGAGCGCAGGCCUUUUCCCGCGUCAUUUCUCCUCGUCUGUUUUGACUGUGAUUCAUGUAGUAUUUGUUUUUGUGAUGUUUGAUUUUGAAAGCUGCUACAAUCUGGUCUGCCCAGACUGAACGUUUGAAGGCCUUUCCUUCUUUUUGUCCCUCGUCUCGCCCACCCGUCGCCAUCCUGAGAAUAGAAAUCCUGCUUUUGAAGCCAAACCAGACUGAAAUCAUCUGAACACUACCGUCUGUCUGCGUUCCUGCAGAAACUGCAUUCGUGAUCCACGUGGGAGGUUUUAAACGGGACAUUUUCAGCAUGUGAAACUCGUGCAUGAGUGACAUGCAGCGGUGUAAUGAAUGUGUGCACGCAAUGCCUUUUUAAACUUCAUCCCUCAUUGACAAACCGCUGAAAUAUUUAUUCUCAAACAAGGAUGAAAGCCACAAUCUCAACGUCUGGUUCCUGUUCUUCAUUAUAAAAUGCACUUGGGACGAUCUUAUGAAUGUUAAAGGUGAUCGUGUGUCACUCAUGAAUCGCUGACUGUGCUAAUAUUUAUCCUGUGCUUUUCAGCCUGACUUUGUUUAACAGACACAAACGUCCCAGUUACCACAUCAAAUUCGUAAUAGUUCAUUAAAAACGUGCUACUUUCUUCUUUUCUGUUCUAGUUUUAUGUGUUGCAUGUUAUGAUCACUUAAGCAUUAUCUAACAUUGGCGAUACAAUAUAAAGUUUAGUCAGAUCUACCUCAAGGACCCUCUUUAACAAAUAAAAUUAGGAAAACUUUUGGUUACAAUAAAAAAAAAAAAAACAUGUUUAUUGUACAAAGAUGACGCUAUAUACCUAAAAAAAUUACAAUUCCCCGUCAGUACAUUCAGAUUGUCACAAGGAUCAGAUGCUCUUGAAGUCGUAAGUGUCGACAGCCUUAAAUGUGGAGGAAGAAUAAUUGAAGUCCACCAACUAAACAUGAUCCAGAAUCGUCUUUGCCUUGUUUGUUUUUUUUCCCGUUCUGUAUUUGCUGUUAGUUUUAGUUGUCCAUUACAACUAAAUUGAAUUAUCUCGUCUUACAUUUUAGUGUUUACCAGAAAGGGAAUGCUUUCACCUCUUCCCCCACUACUAUGUUUUCA